AAAAUAUUUAAAUAAAUACAUGAGCAAGGUGCAGUUCCGCCAGGAGCCGUGAGUGUGUGUGCGCGCGUGAUUGUGUGUGUGGCGUCUGUCUGAAACAUGAACCGCUUGCGUUAGACAUCAGGAGGGCGAUUCAAAACGGGGGAAAUAUCACAUCAACACCACCAUCCUCCUCAUCUUCAUCAUCCUUCUCUUCCGCGCUUAAAACCAGCCAAAUUAAAUUAGGGUGGUGAAAUUAUUUGUGCGAGCUGCCUAUGAAGAGGAGGAAGGUGUGACACACACACUACAGAGUGUGUGUUGUGCUUUGCAUUAGUGUUAAUGCUCUCAUUUACUACUCUCUUAAUUACGAGCUAUGGAAAACUGGAGCGUACCUGUCGUGAUCUGAGAGAAGCAUCGUGUUAUUCUUAUGGAUUAACAUAUGAUCUGAACUCAACCCAGGUCAAACAGCUCCUCUCUCCUCCCCUCUCCGUUUUUUCUCCUCCUCUCCCUCCCCAAUGCUCAGUUCGGUGUGUGUCUCCUCAUUCAAAGGGCGCAAGGGUGGGAACAAGUCGUCCAACAAAGCAUGUUACAGCGCCGACAUGACUUGCCCGUCGGAAAGCGAGAAAAUCGUCAUCAACUGCGGCGGCGUGAGGCACAAGACGUACCGGAGCACCCUGAAGACGCUGCCCGGGACGCGUCUGUCGUGGCUCACUGAGCCGGACGCCUUCAGCAACUUCGACUACGACCCGAAGUCCGACGAGUUCUUCUUCGACCGGCACCCGUCCGUCUUCUCGUUCAUCCUCAACUACUACCGGACGGGCAAGUUGCACUGCCCCAACGACGUGUGCGGUCCGCUGUUCGAGGAGGAGCUCGCCUUCUGGGGCAUCGACGAGACCGACGUGGAGGCGUGCUGCUGGAUGAACUACCGGCAGCACCGGGACGCGGAGGAGGCGCUGGACAGCUUCGAGACGCCCGAGCCGGAGGUGCCGGACGACGACCCGGCGCUCGCGGGGGACGGAGACCUGAAGCGGCUCUGCCUGCAGGAGGAUGCCAGGAAAGUGGGCUGGUGGCGAGUGUGGCGACCGCGGAUCUGGGCGCUCUUCGAGGAUCCCUAUUCGUCCAAAUACGCGCGGUAUGUGGCCUGCGGAUCCCUUCUGUUCAUCCUCAUCUCCAUUUCCACCUUCUGCAUGGAGACGCACGAAGCCUUCAACACCAUCUACACCAGAACUGAGAACGUGACGGAGGGGAACGUGACGAGAGAGGAGAUCGUGUACGAGGUGGUGACGGACAGCUGGCUGACGUACGUGGAGGGAGUGUGCGUCGUCUGGUUCACCAUCGAGGUGUUCACGCGCAUCAUCUUCUGCCCCGACAAGGCCGAGUUCUUCAAGAGCGCGCUGAACAUCAUCGACUUCGUGGCCGUCCUGCCUUUCUACCUAGAGGUCAGUCUAAGCGGACUCUCCUCCAAAGCGGCGAAAGACGUGCUGGGCUUCCUGCGAGUGGUGCGCUUCGUCCGAAUCCUGCGCAUCUUCAAGCUGACGCGCCACUUCGUGGGCUUGCGCGUUCUCGGGCACACGCUUCGCGCAAGUACCAACGAGUUCCUCCUGCUCAUCAUCUUCCUCGCUCUCGGCGUCCUCAUCUUCGCCACCAUGAUCUACUACGCUGAGAGGAUAGGAGCCAGUCCGGACGACCCUACAGCGAGCGCACACACCACCUUCAAGAACAUCCCCAUUGGUUUCUGGUGGGCCGUGGUGACCAUGACCACUUUAGGCUAUGGAGAUAUGUAUCCGGAGACGUGGUCGGGCAUGCUGGUGGGGGCGCUGUGUGCCCUCGCGGGGGUGUUGACUAUUGCCAUGCCUGUCCCCGUCAUUGUGAACAACUUCGGCAUGUAUUACUCUCUGGCCAUGGCCAAGCAGAAGCUGCCCAAAAAGAAGAACAAACACAUCCCGCGAGCCCCGCAACCCGGCUCACCCAAUUACUGCAAGCCGGAUGCCCUCGCAAUGGCGACAGCCUCGCCCCAGAGGAUCCUGGGUAACGUGCUGGGCGGCGUGCUGGGCUCGACCGGGAUGACAGGGGACUGUCCUCUAGCUCAGGAGGAGAUCAUAGAGAUUAACAGAGACUCGAAGCAGAACGGUGACGCAGCCAGCGCCGCUCUAGCAAAUGAGGACUGUCCAACAAUCGAUCAGGUUCUUAGUCCAGACGAGCGUAGCCCAGUGGGCCUAACACAAGAACGCUACCAGCAGGACAGAGCCUGUUUCCUCCUCAACACACGAGAGUUUCGACCCACUGAUGGGAAUGUGCGGAAAGGUUGUGUCAUAUCCCGCGUUUGCCGUCAGUGCAGCGCCAGAGUUUCUAAUGCGUGACUGUGGUGUUAAGUUUCUAGCAUUUGGCAAUUCUAUUAAGGAGACACGGUUAGUCGCUGAAUCCUGAAAAUUUUGUCGAUGGGGCCGUACCAUCCACACGGGACAUGUGAGGAAUGUAGGAGUGGCAAGAGGGUGUGACUCGGAAACAAAAAAAGGAAACUGGAAUUUUCUGAGGCCGGAUCUUCACAUGGUAACCAAAGCAACCUCACCGAAAUUCCGGACCACUCCUCUUUCUACAGACUGACUGACUUUAAAGCAACAAAACCGAACAUUGCACUGACACCUGAAAGAGAAAAAAGACUCUUGAAGGAAAGAACGAAAAACAUUCCAAUGUUUUAAGAUCAAAACACCAGGCGUUUUGACUGCCGCACUCACCUGGGCCCUGAGUUUCUGUAUAUUAAUCUAUAUGUAAGAAUGAAGGACCAAGUUAGAAUAAUUAUGUAGCAUUUCUGCUAAGACCCUGUAGCAUUUCUUGGCUUGGAGAACUCUCCGACAGACUUUUUACGGACUGAUAUUUCAUUGACAGUUUGCACAGAAUGACUAAAAAUUGCUUAGUCAUGCACAAUUUUUCUUGAUUUUCUUCCCCCUAUCAGCAUAUUAGCGGCAAAAUGUGUUGUUUGUGCAUUGCCGUGUGGUAGUUCCCACUCCCUGUCCGAGUCUUAUUAGAGUAACUUUUCUUUGUGAAUGAAUCUAGAGCACUGAAAAGUGAAACGCAGCACUCUGCUUUUGGUAACAGAUGUACGUUGCUAUUCCCAAACAGUCUUCCAGUUUUUUUCCCCGAGCGUUCGGGGGAGGCAACAUUGAAAACAGUCCUGACAGACCAAAGCCCAACUGUGACCAAAUAAUGUAUGAAAGCUAAAAUGGCACAAAAUAACUUAAGACGUUCCCUGUCAGAUCUGAACUUUUCGUCCCUUUAAAUAUGAAUGGAUUGGCUGUUCUGCCAGGGGUGCUGUUUGUAAUUCCCAAAAACACCCUUAAAUUGAGGACUUUUCCCAGGGGAGGUCUCUCUCGUUCCUGAUUAUAGAGGUUUAUUUUGUGAUUUAUGUAGUAGAGCUGAUGCUGCCAUUGAUUAUAUAUACAUGCACAUGCGAGUGCUUGGACCAAUAAUAAGUGGAAGUUUGUUUUUUCUUCAUAAAGGUCAGGGAAAUGCAGAGACAUUCUUAAAAUCUCCCUUUCUAAAAAUCGUCUAUACGUCUAAAACUGCCUUUUCAGAGUUUCCCUCCGUCUAUCCCUGUCUUGUAUUCUCUCCUAUUGGCUUGACAGCAUCGUUCCUUCUUAACUAAUCAGAGGGAACGCAGGAGGUCAUGCCAAAUGAAUCAAGAAGAAUAAAUGUACAAAAAAAGAACAAAUUUAUAUUUUGAUAAGUAGUUGCAAAAACAUCUCCAUGGUUCACAAGGAACGCGAUUCCACCGGUGUCCAAACGCGACUGUAAAAACAACGCCGACCACCCUACGAACAGCUGCCGACUUGUACAAAAAAAGGACAAAAGAAAAGAUAUUAACGCGCUCUUUUGGAGAGAGGGCGCAAAAACAGAGAUUGUUUCCUCGUAGACUGAACUGUGAGAAAAUGGAUGUCAAACUAUAUGAAAAAAAAUACUACUUGGAGAGAAAAAAAUAUGAAAAAAUGCAUUUUUGUAACUUUGUUUACCAGCAUGAGAACUUUGCAUGACUGUAUUUUCUGCUAGCCCUUAGUUGAAGUGGGGAGGGCUAAAAUAAUAAUUAAAAAAGAUAUUAAUAAA